UGUAUCCCGUUUGUUGUUGCCAGUGAGCGGCAUCACUAUCAAAGCUACAAGUGGGCAACAUUGAGACAAUUUGUCUGUGAUAUAUUCAUAUUAAAAUUAGCGUAGAAUCCGGUAUACUGUAGGUGAAGCGGUUUUUUUAACAUGAAGGGACCCCCGAGGCUUUUUUUAAAUAAACGCUGAGCUAACCACAGUUUAAACAGGGACUGUUGUUGCUCUCCUGGUGGUGGAUUAGGCUGCUUACACGUUUUUACGCUGGAUACUUCGAAAGGCCUGAAGUCAUGCCUCGGUCCACAGUUGUGCUGUGAAUCCGCCAAAACGUUACAUCAAGUCAGUGACGCGGAGCCGAAGUGGGCGCUACAGCGGGGCUGCACCGGAUUGUACCCUUCGUAUGAAAGGGCUGGGUUGCAGACAUGCACUCACCAUCUCGUCAGGGCUAUGUGUCUAUAACCUUCACUGGACAAGAAGGAGGGGGCAGUUACAACAACAGUAAGCAGUGGAGGAGGCAGUCCUGCUGGAGAAAAUGGAAGCAGCUGUCCAGGUUGCAGCGCAGCGUCAUCCUCUUCAUCCUCGUCCUCCUUUUUAUUUGUGGAAUUUCCUCAUAUCCUAAUGUUACUGAUCACUUCAGAGGCCUUGCAGGAGGAGAGCUGGAAAAAGACACCAGCAGUGUCCUGAGGCCCGUCAUCCCUCAUCUGCUGCCUGAGCCAGUCAAACAAGUCCCACCACUGCUGCCAGAACAACCCUCCCAGAGGAAACUGUCCAAUAAGAGAGGACCUCCUGCCCUCCAGAACCGCCUACAGAAGAAAGGAAAUGCCUCAGAGCCGCACGACAAGGCGGCCAACGUCAAGAAGGAGGAGGGAGUGAUCAGUUGGCGGGGGUCUGUGAUCAACAACCACCAAGCCAUAGAUGGUGCCAAGGAUGGCUCACCUUCUAACCAAGAGGCCAAUUCAACUCAAGAGUCAGUAUCUAAGUGGCUGGAGGUGGUGCGGGAGUCUUUCAGACAUGCAUGGGAGGGCUAUAAAGACUUUGCCUGGGGCCACGACGAGCUCAGACCCAUCUCCAAGUCCUACAGCGAGUGGUUCGGUCUGGGCUUGACGCUCAUCGACGCCCUGGAUACCAUGUGGAUCCUGGGACUGAAAGAAGAGUUUGAAGAAGCGAAGUCGUGGGUUGCCACGGAGCUCACCUUCAACAAAAACGUAGACGUCAACUUGUUUGAAAGCACCAUCCGUAUCCUGGGAGGCCUGCUGAGUACAUAUCACCUGACAGGAGACACUCUGUUCCUGGAUAAAGCUAAAGACAUCGGCUCCAGGCUGAUGCCGGCCUUCAACACCCCGUCCAAGAUCCCCUACUCCGACGUGAACAUCGGCAAAGGUACGGCCCACCCCCCCCGCUGGACCUCAGACAGCACCGUAGCCGAGGUCACCAGCAUCCAGCUGGAGUUCAGAGAGCUCAGCCGCCUCACCAAGGACCCCCAGUAUGAGGCUGCUGUGGCUGAGGUUAUGACACAGGUCCACAAGCUGGACGGAAAGCUGGACGGCCUCGUUCCCAUGUUCAUCAACACCAACAGCGGCCAGUUCACCCAUCAGGGCAUCUACACACUGGGAGCCAGAGCAGACAGCUACUAUGAAUACCUGCUCAAACAGUGGGUCCAGGGGGGCAAGAAGGAGGACCAGUUGAUGGAGGACUAUCUGCAGGCAGUAGAGGGGGUGAAGAAGAACCUGUUGCAGAAGUCUUCACCUAAUGGUCUCACCUUUGUUGGAGAGGUCUCACAUGGACAGUUCAGCCCUAAAAUGGACCACCUGGUGUGUUUUCUGCCGGGGACUCUGGCUUUAGGCGCUCACAACGGCCUGCCUGCUGAUCACAUGGAUCUGGCCAAACAGCUGAUGGAGACCUGUUACCAGAUGUACGUGCACAUGGAGACAGGCCUCAGCCCGGAGAUCGUCCACUUCAACAUGCACCAGGGCAGCACCCGAGACGUGGAAGUGAAGCUCGCAGACAGACACAACCUCCUGAGACCAGAGACCGUGGAGAGUCUCUUCUACCUGUACAGGUUCACCAAGGACCACAAGUACCGGGUCUGGGGCUGGGAGAUUCUCAAAAGCUUUAACAAAUACACCAAGGUUUCCUCUGGCGGCUACACCUCCAUCAAUAACGUGCGUGACCUGGACUACCCAAGCCCCCGAGACAAGAUGGAGAGCUUCUUCCUAGGAGAGACCCUGAAAUAUCUGUAUCUGCUCUUCUCCGACGACCCCGACCUCAUCAGUCUAGACCAGUACGUCUUCAACACUGAAGCUCAUCCGCUGCCCAUAUGGCCUUCCACUGCGUGACACACACACACAAAUACACAGACACGCACACACCUGGAGGAAUUCAAAUUUUUUUAAAAACUUCACCUCUUAACAAAAUCAACAGCUCAGGGUUUAUCUUAGACCAAGAGAAUUCCUUCUUCUUCUUCUGUCUCAGUGACUGAAUGUUGUUGAAACAACAAAACCCUGAACAAAGAUCACAACUGGAAAACCCCUCUUUUUAUACUGAUGAUGGAAUCAAUAGUUUGAUUUGUGCUAAAAGCCAUGAAAAAAUGACAAGAGGCUGGUUCCAUUAGUGGCAACGCCUGGUUUAUUUAUUUGACUGGUUGUGGACGUCUGAUAGAGACAGAGUUAAUGCUGGAGAAGCAGAAAUGUUUGUCCUCCCGACCAUCCAAAGGGCAUCAGCUUUGAAGAAAACCCUGAUUGUGACUUGAAUCUAAUUGGUCUUAAUUACAUGAUAAAGGACCAGUGUGUAAGAUUUAGCAGGAUCUAUUGGCAUCAAUGGAAUAUAAUAUUCAUAAGUGUGUUUUAAUUAGUGUAUAAUCCCAUGAAACCAAGAAUCAUUGUGUUUCUGUUACCUUUGGAUGAGCCUUUUAUAUGUACAUAGAGAGUAGGUCCUCUUCCACAGAGGGUGCCAUGUUGCCCUAUGUGUCUGUAGUAGCCCAGAAUGGACAAACCAAACACUGGCUUUAGAGAGGGCCUUUUGGUGCAUUCCAUUUACACUCAGAAGUCAGAAUUUCCAAGUUCCCAGUUGGAGUUGGAUUUUUGAUUCAAAAGGUCGGAGGAACCUCACCAGCCUCUUCCUCAAAAUCCAAGAUUAACUCAAGGUCCUUUUUAUUAGCACUUGUGUCUCAUUAAAUCAGUGGCACACACAGCACUGUCCAACUUCUAUCUGUGGACAUGUUGCUACGAUGUUUGUAUGAGCAAAAUACAGCAAAAUGCAUUUAUUAGCUAGUAUUGCUGUCAAUGGCUAACAAUAGCUAACCUGGCUAGAACUGGUUUUCUGACUUCUUGAACUGGAACACUUGGAUGUGAAAUCAUUCCCGGCUCUGACUUCCAACUUCCAAGGUAAAUGGAACACAUCAUUUCAUGUUUUUCAAGAGUUUCGCGGUUACUGAAGGUUCCACGUGCUUUGAAGGGGAGGGGUAUUCAAUUGGUUGCAAUCUAUGCCUUCACCACUAGAUGGCACUAAAUCUUACACACUGCACCAUUAAUGAAUGAGGAGGAGUGUCCAGUUCAGCUGAUGUUUCCAGUUUAAAGCUGCUGAUAGCAGAUUUUUUUGUUGUGUGUUUUCACUUCCUUAAAAAACAAAGAGACUAUUUUUAUGUGAGAAAAAAAAACUUUGUCCCUCCAGCACUGUGUCCUUAACAGGGUGGAGACAAAAGCGGUGCUUCACCCUGUCGCUGUGAACUCAGUGCUUGAAGUGACAGCAGGCUGGUCGCCUUCGUAGUGAAACAACAGUCACCAGCCAUCUGACCUGAACUCACAACCUGACCGCUCUGCUAAAGUGUGUGUGUGUGUGUGUGUGUGUGAGACAUGAGGAAAAAAGAAAAAUCCUCAUCACACACUCUGAGCGCUCUAGUUAGAACUAUCCUCAGAUGCUCUACAGGAAUUUAAAAGCCGAAGUUCUCUGUUGAAGUGCGACUGAGCCCUCAGUCCAUGUAUCUUCUGUCCCGUGCUGCAUUCAGGUCAUAUGGGAAACAGUAAAUGUGACAUUUAACUAGGACUCAUUUUAAGGUCAAGUUGAACACAUUGCCUGCAGUAAGGUUGUUAGAUGACACUAAUAUUUUGAAGUUUAGACAUUUUCAGUUUUUAUUUACAUUGCCAUUACUGAGCUCGUACUAAGUGGUGGUGUACUGAGGUGCAUUAUAUUGAAUGGUCUUUCUUAUAUUUUGCUCCUCUCAUGUGUUAAUGGUGUGGAUAAUAUUCAGAACACCAUUCAAUAUAAUGCUCCCUAGUACACCUCCAUCACCCACUAUGACCUCAGUAAUAAACAUAAAGUAGAAUUAUCACCUUUCUGACAAUGUUAACAAAAACUGAAAAUAUAUAAACUUCAUAAAUGUAGAAAAUAAAGCAGAGCUGCUGUGAUGGAUUGGAUUAGAUUACACAUGUGUUCCUAAUGAAGAGGCCAGUGACUGUUUAUAUCAACAUGUUGGGCUACAUGUUAGUAUGAAAGGUGCUAUUUACGUACAGGCUGUAUACACAGUAUAAACACAGAGCCUCUUUUAUCAGCAACAUUGAUCAUUAGUGCUUUAUUUCAAUAUGCGCUUUGUUAUAUCUAUAACCUGUGUCAAACAUACGGCCCGCGGGCCAGAACUGGUCCACCAAGGGGUCCAAUCUGGCCCACUGGAUAACCUAACCCAAAGUAUGAAAAUUGAAGAAAAGUAGGCCUAAUUCCAGUUUUUAAAAUAAAAUGCACCCCUAUUCUCACUUAUUUUCACAGCUGACACUUCUGGUCCGUCCAUGGACGUCCAACUUGAAAUAAUUUGCUUAAUGAUAAAGAAUACAUUUUUCCUUAGUGGGGUUGAACACAUUAUAUUAUAUUUCUUACCAUGGUACCCCUAGAUGGUUUAUUAUUGUAACGCUAUAAUGUAUUAUGUAUCAUUUAUAGGUUAUUAUACAAUGGUUUUACUGGUUCGGCCCUCUUUAGAUCAAGUGGGCUGUAUGUGGCCCCUGAACUAAAAUGAGUUUGACCCCCCUGAUAUAAACGGUCAUUUAAAAAAAUAAGUUUUAUAUGAUAUCAUAAAGUAUGUCUAUUUGUCAGGUAUUUAAUUCACAUUCUCCAUUUAUUUAGCAGGACACAUCACAAUCAUAAACUUGCACAGAACUUAAUAGAGGAUUCAAUCCAUAUCUACCACUCAUAAUAAGAGCUCAGUAUUUUAUUAUCAGCCCACAGAAAUGUAGCAACACACUGCUGUAAAGACCUUUAUCUCCAUCUAUUCUCUGAUCAGUGUUCAUGAGGCGUUCAGCAGCUGAAUGAUAAUGGUUGUAAUCUCUCUUCCAAUUUCCCAAUUUUUACUCUAAGUGUUGAUGAAUGUAUCUCAGUGCUGAGCAGGCUUGGCGUCAUGACUCCUGUUAUGUUGCUGAUAAGUCUUAGGAUGUUACUGUAGGUCAGUGACAGUGUAGUGGAGGUUAAACAUGAACAGAAAAAUCUCAUAUGAUGUGAAUGCAGCAUCAGUGUGUGUGUGUGUGUGGGACUCAGUUGACCUCAGUCGCUCUCAUUCCAGUUUGUUGCCAGGUAGCAGAUUUCUCCCUCUCUACUGUGAACCAUUGAUUUUUUUUUUUUUUUUUUACAAGGACAACAAUGAACUCAUAGCAUCUGAGGUGUUUUUUGGGUUGUUUCUUUUUAAGUGUGUGUGUGUGUGUGUGUGUGUGUGUGUGUGUGUGUGUGUGUGUGUGUGUGUGUGUGUGUGUGUGUGUGUGUGUGUGUGUGUGUGUGUGUGUGUGUGUGUGUGUGUGUGUGUAUAGCUGCUAUUCUCACUGAAUGUUCCAUUUCUGUCCUCUUUUGUCUUGUUCUGUAGAGUUACAUUCGCUUCUCUCAAAAGAAGCGAAUGAUGAGAUUUUAAGCAUAAAUUUAGUAUAAUAUAUUGAUUUGUGUAUAUUUUAAAGGUGUAAUAAGUACAGUGAUCAUUUUCGUGUGUGUGUGUGUGUGUGUGUGUAGCAGUUCUGCAGCCAUUCCUGUAAAUACCAACAAUUUACCAUAAUGCUCUUAUACAGUUAUUGAUUUAAUGAUUCAUAUUGAGACCAAACUCUAUCUCUCUUAUACAUUCUGUGUCAUUGUUCUCCUCUCAGUCGGUGUUAUCUCACAUGUGCCUUUAAUGUUGCUCCAGACAACAUUUAACUGUUCAUGUUCAUUUCAAGCUAUUUUACACAUGUGCUCUAUGUGACUAUUUUUUAUUACAGUAGAAUGAAUUAAGGAUUACGUUUUUUUUCCUGCAGUCCCUCAAAGCAAUCAUUGGGUUUACAUAACACUGAUCUCCACUCUAUCAGUGUGUGUGUGUGUGUGUGUGUGUGUGUGUGUGUGU